UUGAUUUUAUUGUAUUAUUUGAGUCGUCUAUUAUCAAAGAUGGCAAUCUGUGCAUUUGGACAAAAAAAAAAUGUUAGUGAUAUGGCAAUACAGAUUGAUUUGAAUAUCAAUCGUCUCCUUCAAAGAAUACGGUUCAAAACCUGCAUUAAAAAUAAAGUAUUAACUUAACCUGUUAUUUAUCUAAGAUGUCGUUCAGAAGAGUUUUGUGAUUGCCAAUGGAAUACAAAGUCAAUAAUUCGUUUUUCUGAUUUACCAAUAAUUCUCCAAAAGUCACAUUGCCGGCUUUGAUAAUAGUCGACUCAUUUUAUGACUGAAAGCAGUGUUGUCAAUUUUAAGAAUGUCCCCAUAAUCAGUCUUUACAAAUAGUGUAAGGGCAGACGCUGAGUUUUAAAAAUAAUUUCAACUAUGUCAGUUUUCGGCGUUAUGAAUAUUUUAAUUAAUAAUUAACAUAUAUUACUAUAAAAAUAUACACAAAAUAUAUUACUAUACUAAUUAAAAACCUUUCUUUAGUUGACAAAGCACAUAAAGUCAGGGAAAGUGAAAUUAACCGUUGGUAGCACUAUACGGUACGGAAAAACAUGAAUUGUCAAAAAUGUCAUGUCUUGUCGAGUAAAACAGAGCAGUUGUUUUUACUGAUAAAUACUGAGUUUAUUGUGCUAAUUAGAUGUGUACUAAUCAUGUUCGGAAAAGGAUUGAACAUGACAUCGUUCUUUUGAGUGUCGGAACUAUACACGCGAGCAAAAGUUUGGAAUCACUUACUUGAAAUUGGUUCCGUGCGAUAUUGCUUACUAAAAAUUAUUUUAACUAUCAUAAAAAUUACAACACUUUAAAGGUUCAACGGUCAACUUUAAAUUGAUACCAAAUUCAUUCAAAUCGAGCCAGAAGUUAAGGAGCUAUCCCGGAUUAAGUGAAGGAGACUUCAAUCGAGGCUCAUUGAAGAGUUGCUGCCCGGUCGCCCACUGGAGAACCCACGGCACCCUAAGAGGGCAAGGGUGCUCCCUCCUAAGGUCGGGAAACACCCAGGAUCGGAGUUCUGGAGACCGGACCUUCCAACUCCGGACCUGGAUGCUUCGGUGUUAUCACCUGCCCUAUAUUUACAAUGUGGGCCUGGGAGUAGCCGGGCUAGCACCCCGGUCAUGGAGUGGCCCGGGACUAGCGGGGCCAGCACUCCGGUUAUGGAGCGGCCCGGGCCUAGCGGGGCCAGCACUCCGGUUAUGGAGCGGCCCGGGCCUAGCGGGGCCAGCACCUCGGCUACCGAGCGGCGUGUUAUCCCUUCGUCCUCUCGACCUCCUCGUCCUCUUCGCGAAGACGAAAUUAUAGCACUGCUGAAUUACGGCAGCGAAGAGGACUCUGAGGGAGAGGACGAAGAAAUUCUGCAGCCGUCGCUGGUUCCCCGGGCGACCAGGAUGUGGCUGGACGAAGAGGAUGAGGAAGUUGAAGAGGAAGCGGAGAGGCUUAAUAUUAAUUUGGAGUGGCCUCGACCUCCUCAACCUCUUCGUCCAUCCGCAUCUGCUCCAGUGGACGUCUCACCGACGUCCACAUUAGAUCCUAUAUAUAAGUUUAAAUUCGAAUGGAGAAAUAUCUCAAUGCCUCAAAUAGAACCUCAUUUAAGGCGAGAGCUUUUCUCCGAAAUUAUUGGUCCAUCGGUUUCUUUCGCGACUCCGUACGAUGCAUUUAUUGCCAUAUGGGAUCGUGAAAUUAUGCAAGUCAUAGUCACGGAAACCAACAUUUAUGCACAGCAGGUGGCAACGGCCAUGUUGGCGAGUGGGACGAUCGGCCCUCAUAGUCGGAUUACUCGAUGGCAAGAUACGAAUGUAGACGAACUUUACACGUAUUUUGCCAUCGUUCUGGCUAUGGGGGUGGUCGUCAAAAGCUGCUUAGAAGAUUAUUGGCAUACCGCUCGGGAUAUUUUUUAUACUCCGGGUUUCGCAGCGGAUAUGUCAUAUGACCGUUUUCAGCUGCUGUCCAAAUGCCUCCAUUUCAAUAAUAAUGAGUAUUGCGACAUUACAAUGUUGACACGACGCCAGGCCAAGCUCUACAAAAUUCAGCCCAUAGUAGACCAUUUAAAUACAAAAUUUUCGGAGCUGUACAAUUUGAGUCGAAAUUUAGCAGUGGAUGAGAGUUUGACGAUGUGGAAGGGCUGGCUUGAUAUAAACCAGUUCAUUCCUAACAAGGCAGCGACAAUUGGGAUCAAAACUUAUGAAGUGUGUGAAUCGCGGAGUGGUUACCUGUGGCGGUUUGAAGUUCACGCAGGCCAUGACAUCUCGACUUCACAGGACGAUCCAAUUUCUGGCACAGUACCAGCUCUCGUGCUCAGACUUUUAAGUGGUCUUGAGCAUAAAGGGCACACAAUAUGGAUGGAUAAUUUUUAUAACUCUCCAGCGCUAGCCCGAGAACUUAAGACCCGCGGCUUUGACUGCGUGGGCACACUGCGGACUAACCGACAAUUUGUGCCGUACGAAUUGACGUCCCUUACAAAAAAGGAUAUGACAGUCGGUCAAGUGACGGGAUGCACCUCGGGAGAUGUGGAUCUUUUGGUGUGGAAAGAUAAAAACCGGGUGGCUUUUAUUUCCACAUACCAUGGUCUCGCAUCUGUUAGGUUUGAGGAAAGACUGAAGCCGACUGUCGCUUGCGAUUAUAACGUUUGUAUGGGCGGAGUAGACCGCAAAGACCAGCAGCUCGCAAUGUACCCCAUAGAAAGAAGAAGGACAAGAGUUUGGUACAAGAAGUUGUUUAGAAGGGUGUCUUGAACUCACACAUACUACACCAAGAUCAUUCAUUUUCACAUCGUAAUUUCCGGACGGUGUUGAUCACUCAAUUAUUGACUAGACAUAGAAAACGUCCUCCACCUAGCACACAACUCACACCAACACAAGUGCAUUGCCCGGCACAAUAUGACUUGAUCAAAAGCGGAAAAUCCGACCGCCUUAGGCAAGCAUGUAUCGUCUGCUCCAAGUGGACUAAUUCAUAUUGUAGAGCCUGUAACCAGGCAAUGUGCACCUACUCCUGCUACGGGAUACACCACGCCACAAAUUGACACUUUACCGCUCAUUGACACUUUUUAUACACACACGCCCACGCACACACACAGGGUAUAUAGGCACUAGUGUUAAAGAUAUUUCUUGUAGCCAGACGAACAUACCUGAUGGUGAGUGGUUACCAUAAAAAGUUGCGACGAGCAUACCUGAUGGUAAGUGGUUACCGUAAAAAGUUGGUGGUUUGUUAUUGUUACCAUUCAUAUUGUUGCACAGUACUAAAAAAAUGCUGCAUGUGUUGUACUUUUUUUUUGUUAUUUGCCGAGUUAUGGCCAGCGUCGUGUCAACAAUGGAAUUCACAAUUAUUUAUUAAAUAUAUUGGCACAUAAAUUAAGUAUCAAUUGGAUCAUUGUGAGUGUUGGGUUAUUGUAUUUCACAAUUUAAUUUAUGUGCGAUCUUUUAACUGUAUUUUUUUUUAAUAAUAAUAAUAAUAUCACUAAAACACAUGUUUAUUUGAUCUAUCAAUCAAAUAGGUUCGAAAAAAAAAACAAAUAAUAAUGAUUAAUUUUAUUUUGAAUAAGUCCAUGAAGAAAUCCAUACUUAUUGACCAUUCGUUGUUAUUUUUUCACUAUAUUUAGGUUUUUUUUUUGUUUAUAUUUUUUUCCAGAUAUGUGCUGUUUUUCAUUGGAAUCAAUGCCCAGUUUCAUGUAAAUCUUGAAUAAUUAAUUAUUAUAGCACUUGCAAGCAUAUAUUCUGCAAAAUCUUAGUUUUUAUGUGACACUGUUUUUUGUACUAAUUUUAAGUGUCAUAUUUGAGACGUUCAUAUUCAAAAUCUGUAAAAUAAAACAGUGUCAUUGCUUAAAAUAGCUUGGCUAUAAGCUCAAAUUAUUGUAAACAAAAAAUCAUUUGGCUCUGACGCCAAGAACAUAAUAAAAACAAAUGAGUUACGAGAGCCACUCGAGUGACAUUUGACGAGGGACGUUUUUGUGUAAGCACGUGCAGUAUAAAAAAAAUGUACUGGAACAUGUGGCGGUUUGCCUUUUAUUUUAUCACGUAGGUUAGUUUGUUUAAUAAAUAUAUAAUAUUACAUCCA